AUGGCAGAGUCUCUUCGUCUUCAAACGUUGCUCUCGACGUUGCUUUCAACGCUCGGACCUGAAAAGGUCUUCUUUCCAGGGUCCGACGGCUAUACCUCUUCCAAUGCUUCAUACUAUGCGCAGCAAGAGGCCCAGCUCCGACCCGAAGCCGUCAUCUCCCCCACAUGUGCACAAGACGUUGCUGAGACAGUCCGUCUUCUGGCCAGUGCUCAAGACCAGCAUGGCAAGCCAGUCCGGCUUGCUAUUCGAUCCGGCGGCCAUGCCGUCGACGCUGGGGCGGCAAACGUGGACCACGGCGUAACCAUCGAUCUGAGCCGCCUCAACACAAUCGAAGUCAGCGAGGACCGAAAGACGGUAUCCGUCGGCACCGGCACAAAAUGGGGACAAGUCUACGAUAAGCUAGACGCCAUCAGCCUCUCCGUCGCCGGUGGCCGGUCCGCCCCGGUGGGCGUGGGCGGCUUGACUAUCGGAGGUGGCAUCUCGUACUUUUCACCUCGAUUCGGAUGGACCUGUGACACCGUUACCAGUUUCCAAGUUGUGUUGGCGGACGGAUCCAUCGUGAAUGCCAACGAGACGGAGAACAAAGACAUUCUCAUCGCCCUGAGAGGCGGAGCCAACAAUUUCGGCGUGGUAACACGCAUUGACUUUGCUGCCUUCGAGCAGGGCCAACUCUGGGGCGGGUCUCUCUUCCACACCCUCGAGACCAUUGACGACAAUCUCAAGGCGUUUCAAGAUUUCGCCUCAGCUGAAGAUUAUGACGAAUACGCCAGUCUCAUCACCAGCUUCGGCUAUGCGGCCGGACGAGGCGCCGGCAUCGUCAAUAGCGUCGAGUAUACCAAGCCCGCGGAGAGCCUGCCCGUCUUUGAGCCGUUCCUUCAGAUUCCCAACGUGAUGAGCACAAUGCGGCUGGCUGGCAUGGGGGAAAUUUCCAGGGAGCAGGCGGCAUUUUCUCCAUAUGGCCUGCGCCAAUUUUCUCUUCAUACCACUCACGGUUCCAACUUGGAGGUGCUAAAAACCGUCUACUCUUGCUGGAAGAAAAGCCUCUCCGUCGUCGAAGAUGUUGCCAACAUCAUAUGGUCCAUCUCCCUCGAGCCUCUACCUCCAAUAUUCUACAAGAAAGCCGGCACAAACAACAGUCUAGGCCUCUCAGAUAGGAACAAGCCCCUUGUCAUUACUCUCUUGACGGCCAUGUGGACAGACGAGGCAGAUGAUGCCAAGGUGGAGAAGACAGCUCGCAAGAUGCUAGUCGACAUUGAAGCAAAGGCAAAAGAGCUUGGGGAGUAUGAUCCGUUUGUGUACGCCAACUACGCAGCGCCAUGGCAGGAUCCGAUUUCUAGCUAUGGGAAAGAGAGCAUAGAGAGGUUAAAGAAAGUUCGUGAGAGGGUUGAUCCUAAGGGUGUGUUUACACAUCGUGUUACGGGGGCGUUCAAGCUUCCGGCUUAAAGAUAGAAAUGAUAUAAAUUAAAGAUGUAUGAGUAGUGGUAAACUUUAUGAUUAAUGAAUAGCGUGGCAGGGUUUUUUUUCUAAAACAAUCAGCCGU